GCGGGCUGGGCGGAAGCGUGAGGCGGUGUAGCGGCGGACCGUUCCUUGCCGCCCUCUGGAGCAGGGGCUUCAGAAAUCUCCCGUUUUGGCUCACCCCAUCAGUUAGAUGCUGUUGUUCUUGGCUGUUCCUUCAUUCUUCGUGACAUUUUGAUAGCAGCUAUGCCUGUUCAAGUGCUAAAGAUCAUUAAAGGAAAACUUGAGACUCAACUACCAAGCCACUUGCAGAGGGAGGAUUUAAAACAUUUGCAAACAGGACUUGACCAUACCAACAAAUAUUUCCAGGGAAUAGUUAUUCUUUCCUACCCGCUAACAAAACUUGGAGAUGGUACAGACUUUUUCAAGAUUGUUCUUCAAGAUGACACAUGUUCAAGGAUUAACAGCAUCAAUGUUCUAAUGUAUGGAAAAAUGGCAGAGGAUUGUGCAAAACUUAUACGUAAUGGGGACACCUUCAUAGUUGCUGGAUUUAAGGUGGCCGAAUCACCUACAGCAAGAGAAGAUGGUAGACAUGCUUGCCACUUGCAGGUGUCUGAAGAAUCUGGAUCAGCCAUUUUUAUUUGUACUCAGCCAAGCAUAACUCCUUUUUCAGAAGCUACAUCUCCAUCUGUUGCACCAAAAUAUGUGUAUACUCCUUUGAAUUGCCUUAAAGAUGGAACUGUAGUGAAUUUGUACGGCAUUGUGAAAUUCUUCAAGCCUCCUUACAUAAGCAAAGGAACAGAUUACUGCUCAGUUGUAACACUUGUGGACCAAUCGAAUGUGAAGUUAACAUGCACUCUUUUCAAUGGAAAUCUAGAUUCUCUACCAAAAAUUUACAAAAACGGAGAUAUUGUUAGAUUUCAUAGAGUAAAGAUCAGAGAAUACAAUGGACAAAUGCAAGGAAUUACCAGUGCAGGAUUUGCAUCCUUGACAUUUGAUGGAACUGUAGGAGCGCCAGUAGUUCCUCGAGCCUCUAGCAAAGUGUACACUUUUGUAGAUGAAGAACAGAAAACAGUAGAAGAAUUACGUAUUUGGGCAGCCAGUAAUCUUUCUGUCUCUGGACCAGAAGCAAAAUUGUCUGAUGUUAAGCCAAUGAUGUUCUUCGAUCUCACUUGUCAACUGGUAGGGAAGGCAAAAGUGGAUGGAUCAUCUUUUCUUCUAAAGGUAUGGGAUGGCACAAAAUGCCCCUACCCAACAUGGAAGGUUCCUGUGGAAGCAAAAGAAUUAGAAGGAGACAGAGUUCUUCUUCAUCAUCUGCGAAAUCUAACAGUGGAUGUUUUAGUCUAUGACAACCAUGUACAACUGGCAAAAUCACUUAAGACAGGAAGUUUUCUGAGAAUUUACAGUAUUCAUACAAAACAAGCAAGUGCUAAAAAUGAAGAUAUAUCAUCACAUAUAGAAUUUCAUCUUCAUGGUGGCACUUGUUAUGGUCGAGGAAUAGGAAUCUUACCAGAAAAUAACCCAGAUGUUGAGGAACUAAAAUCGUUCUUAGAAUGUGUGGAACUGACAGACAGUCAGAAUAUGGAAAGCGUGUCUUCAUUGGAAUUAGGUGACACUUUUGACAGUUAUACAGAUCUUGAAUCACCAUUACAGAGAUGUCAGCAAUUAUCUGCUACAGUAUUGACAGAUCAUCAGGAUAUGAGUAACACAGUACUGAAAACUGUUCUGAACAGCAGUGCUCCUCAACAGUAUCGCAUUAGAGCAAAGCUGAGAUCUUUUAAACCCCAGAAGCUUUAUCAGUCUGUUAAACUUCAUUGUUCCAAAUGCAAUACUUUGCAAGAAGUUCCAAAUGGAGAUGCCAUUGACUUCAUUUUGCAAGGCUGUGCAGCUACUGCCCCAAACCCAGAAUUACAGAGUAUGUCCUGGUAUGAGUCUGUAGUGUGGACUACAGAAGAAGAUCAAGGAAGGAAAAUAACUAUUCAUUUUGUAAAGCAUUAUGAAAUGCUUCAACGUCCUGAAAAUACCUUGCUUAUGAUAGAAGGUGGAACCUUAAAAGAAAUCUGGAAGCUUACAAGAAGAUUUAAAUGUGUUAUUCCUGUGAAAUCCAAGGAAGAUGAUCUUGAAUUAUUAGAUCUUUCAGCUCCUUUUCUCUUACAAGGAAACAUAAAAUAUUAUGGAUGCAAGAAGUGUUCAACUCCAAAGAGUAUCAAGAAUCUAAGUUCCCUAGCAGAAAAACGAGAGCCAUCAUGGGAACCAACUGAAAUAGCACAAGUUUUAGGUAUUGAACCACUCCAGUAUGUUUUCGUUAUGAAGUUCACACUGGUUGAUGGAACAGGAGUACUAAAUGCGUAUCUUUUUGAUUAUGAAAAGUUUUUUCAAAUUCCAGCCUCUGAAAUCUUAACUAAUAGUUUUCUUCAGCAAAAGAUGGAGAUGACCAUGAAUACACUUUCUCCUCCAGGAAGAAAAUUAGAUGACUUGCCAUGGCUGGAAUGCUUCAUCAAGUCCUAUAAUGUUGCAGAUGGAAUGAAACAUCAAGUUUAUUACCAAAUUUUUGACACUACAGUUGCUGAAGAUGUUGUAUAGAAAUGUGUUACUAGCAGGAUGUAAUCUACAAAGGUAUGGAUGGGCCACAUGAUUUCUUGCAUCUCAGAGCAGUACCAUAAUACGUGUUCCUUCUUUUCUGAUACAACUUUGCUGAUGACAAGUUAGAAACGUUGCUUGAAUUUUUUUGACUAAAAGAGCAACAAAACAGAACCAUGAAAUCUGCUGACCAAUCAGAUUUGAGUAUGGUCUUUUGCUUCCUUCUGUCCACAGAUGACUCCUUAAGCAACUCAAAGCUCCUCUGAAGCAGUGUUUCAAACACUAAAUAUGAUCAGUCGAACACGGGAUGUGUAUUACCGGGGGGUAUUGUUCUUAACUGGGGAAUGGAGUAAGGGGUUGUACCAGGUAGCAGUGUUUAAUGCUAUUAUCCUGGCAUAACCAUGCUUUAAUAUGAUACUUCAUCUUGAAAAAUACCCUUUUUCUGUCACCAUUUACUGUGUUGAAGGUGCAAAGUCCCAUAGAAGUUGGAGCAGUGAUUGAGUUACACAUAAAUCCACAAUUUAAAGGGAGGUCAAAGAUCAUUGGCAUGACACUCUUUAGAUACUCACUGUACUGUGCUCAGGUACCCUUGUGUAUUUACUGUUGUCUGUAAGACCCCACUGUUCAUAAUGCUACAGUUUUCUUAAAGGUAAAUGAUUGGCUUUGAUUGCUUUUCUGCUAUAUGCUGUUUUGGUAAGGUGUGCAACCAGCAAAGCAAGUAGUGGUAAAAUUAAGGAGAAAGGUGUGGAAUGACCUUCCCCUAAAGGUCAGUGAAUUCAUUUAUUAGCAGUGUGCUGCUGCUGCUUGGGUUCUUGCAGGAAAAAGCAGCCAAUAAAUAAAUAAAUAAAGAUUGAAGAGCUUUGUUUGAAAGCAUGGGAAAGGUCAGAAUCUUCACCUGAAACCUUGAAGGACACUUCAGAAUGAGGAGUGCCUGUUAAAUAUCUAACAGUGCACUUCUAAAAAAAAAAAUCAGACACUGUAGCCUGAAAAUUUUGAUGCAAAUCAUUGCCGUGAGCUAUGUGAUUUGGUAAUUAUUAACUUUCUGAAUAUUAUUCCAAUCUGCAUGCAAGCGAUUGGCUAGACUACUAACUCACUAACUUGCUUGCAAAUUAGUUUGAUUCUUCUGGAUCCAUUUCCUGGAAAGUGUUUCUAUUUGACCUGAGAGACAUCGGUUUGUUUUUCUAUUAAAAAUUGAAUAGGAGAAAAAAAAAAAAACUUGCAAAAAUACCAUAUCCUCUAUUGAUAGAUACAUUCUUGCACUCAUCCAAGAGAUCAGAACAGUUCACAAGUCAGUGUUGGUUUUUUGUUUUGUAUUUUGUUUUGUUUUGUUUUGUUUUGGUACAAAAUGGUACCUCACAAAUAUAUCUUCAUAGCAAUCUUACAGCGCUGUAAAAAUAGCAAUAGUUUUCAAAGCUCAUUUAGCUUCUCUAAGGCCUGGAAAAAAUGGGAAUGCCUUUGGCCUACUUUUCAAUCUGGGUAAAGAGGUGGCUGAUCUGAUGUGAUGGGGCAGGGAAUUCUUAACUCAUUUCUUAGUGGCUGUAGUGAAGGUACUCAUAGCCUCAUUUUACAUAUUGAGGUCAUUGGCUAAUACGUGUCAGGAAAGCAUAGAGCUGUACCAAGUACUGUCAAGAGCACAUGCAGCAGAGCAAAUCAGAAUUGGAAAUCAAUUCCAAUUGAAACUGACACAAGGAAAACUAAAGCAGAGGGAAGUGUGACAGUGAUACAUUCUGCUUUCUGUAAUUCAGCUUUGGUAGAGAAUUCUAUUCUGAAACUUAAACCAAGUAAUAACUAAAAAUUCACUAUGACAUUAAGCUUAAUGAAAAUACUCAGAGAGGUCACAAGAGACAGUAUACUGAAUGUGUUUUUAUUUUUGAAAAUUAACUUACUUUCCUUAAAUGUUUCAUUCUUUUGGCAUUUUUCUGACAGUAUUUUUAGGUUCUCAGUCCAGCCAGCCUCUGGAUUUUCCAGUUUAGCCUAUCCAACAAGGCUGUCAGCUGGGUAUUUUAUAGGAAUUGAGGUCUUAACUGUCUGUGUCAGCACAGAAGCUCCACUGCCUGGACACCGAUUACUUUGGGAUCUAAGAAGCCAUCCUGAUCGUUUCAGGUGAUAAGAAAUCCCACCAAUGUUCAUUAACGUCUCCUCCAUGCAGUUUUCCCUAUCUGUAUUGAUGCAGCUGGAAGACUAUUGAACAGUGAGUUGAUGUUCAUGCUUGCUGCCUUCCCACAUCUACAGGUGCACUCUUAAUAGCCUUUGAGUGCUUACCAACAGAGUAAUCCAAUUAGAACACACCAGAACUCACCUGUUUCUCUUCAAAUCCAUUCAGGAUGGUUGAAUAUUAAAAAAAAAAAAAAAAAAAAAAUGGAACAGUUGGUCAUGAUCAAAAUAACAGAAGCAUAUUAAAAUCUAGUUUACAGUAGCUGUGUCUGCACAGUUGCAAAACGUGCAUUUGAGUAACGUAUAAUGCCAGCUGGUACAGCACUUUAAUUCCUCCUUUUCAAUUUGUGCUCACUUUCAGGUUUUGUACUGUAGUAAAACAAAUUUAUCCUCAGUUUAAAAAAAAACAAAACACAAUGUUCUUGGUUAAAAAAUGGUAUUUCUGAUCUUUGUUUAGGAGUAGAGGAAAAUAACAGCCAAUUGUUUCUUGUUUUUUUUUUUAGAGGACAGUAGAGAAAUAGGAGCUGUAGCAGAUGGAACUGAUGAUUAUAGCUAUAUUUUCAAUAAGCCUACUCAGUAUGCCACCAUCUUUUGUGGCAAGCUAGAGUAGAGGGCGGGGUAUGUGUAUGCAGCGUUGUCAUUGCAGACGAGUCCAGCAAGGUUAUGACUUAGUCAUUCUGUCUUCACAAAUUACUCUCAAGCAAAGAAUGAAGCAGUGCUUCUAGUCUUCCAUGGGAAAGGAAGGUCCUACCUGAAAGAAAAGUGCUUUCUCACUGUCCUCUUAUCAUACUAUAACUGCUACUUUUUUCAAUUAAAGAAAAAGAACCGAAACUUGUCAAGAUUUUUGUAGUUGGAGUGGUGGAUCUAAAAUAUGCUUGAGGCAUAGGGCUACAGGACUGAUGGAAAAUGCAAAGGUGCCUCAAAACAGUAUGAAAUCUUGACUGAUACUCUUGCUUAAUUGGGAGGAGAGACACUGGUGAAAAUGACAAAUUAAAACUUCUGAUUGAGACUGAGAAUUUAUCAGCAUGAAUUUCGUGGUGGUCCAGCCUCCCUGCUCUGAAGACUGGAGACUUUUUUUUUAAACCAAAUCAGGAAUGAAAAAUUUUAUUCAACUUU